AUGGCCGUCAUCCUCUACGCGCUCUGGAUGCUCCGCGCCUGGUACAGGGAGGUCGCCGACCUCCACCUCCACCAACGCCUCCCGGUCCCCUGGAUUUCCCCGCUGACCACAUCAGGCAAGUUUGAGGAUUUCAAGGACUUUGUGAGAUCAAAUUUUGAGAUAUGUGAAUGGGUAGGCCUCUCAGUGGUGGCUGCUCAGUUUUCAGGUGUUAUCAAUCAUUCUGGGAUGGUUCUCAGGACCCUUGGGCCUGACCGUGAGACUGACUAUGACAGUGAUGAUGACACAACUGUGCCUGCGAGGCUGCCUCUCUUGAGAAAUCAAGCUCAACAUGGUUCAGACUAUGCUGAACCUAAUACAUCUCGUAGGAGUGAUUCAUGGAAAUUGCGGAUUUUAGACAAGGUCAACAACUAA